AUGGCACUGUCGACCUUGGACGUCGCCAAAGCAGUUUGCAUCUUGCGCCUUGCUACGCACGUCGCCAUGUUCGUCGCCGCCCGCGCCCGAGUCCUCCGCCGCCCCGCCGCCCGCCGCUUCUCGUCGGCCUGGGAGAAGCCCUUCCCGUCCAUCCUCAUUGCCAAGGACAGCGUGUCGGCGCAAGGCUCGUUUGCCGAGGCCCAAGCCACGUACUUGCAGCCCAACAUGGCGUCCGUGAAGGAGCUCGACGCGCUCCUCGCGAAGAAGAAGCUCGGGAUCGUGGCGCACUUUUACAUGGACCCGGAGCUCCAAGGCGUCCUCUCGUCGCUCCAAUGGCCGCACACGCUCGUCGCCGACUCGCUUGCGAUGGGCGAGGCCGCGGCCGUCAUGGCCAAGAACGGCGCCAAGGCCGUC